GUAACGCGUGGCUCCCUUGGGCUGGCCGGGAGGGGCCAGAGGCUUGCGAGGGGCGGGGGCGGCGCGCGGCGGUGGAACGUAGGGGAGGACCAGAGAGGAGGGGAUGAGCAAACCAGAGUGGAGAGGUGGGGAGACCCGCCGCCUCCCUCCCUCGUUCGCUCGCUGACUUGCUCCCUCCCUGGCUGCGGCUGCUGCAGCAGCAGCUGGAGUGGUCCGGAGGCCCGCGUCGAGGUGAGACAGGGACCGACUGAGGCUGCGGGGUUUGCUGCUGUCUCUGUUAUUCCAUCCUCCCCCAGGGGGCCCUCACCCCUCUCAAGAUGGCAGCCAGCAGCUCUGAGGUCUCUGAGAUGAAGGGGGUUGAGGAGAGUCCUGGGACUCAGGGAGAAGGGCCUGGCCAUUCUGAAACUGGAACUGGCCCUCUCCAGGUCCUAGCAGGGGUCCCAGACCAGCCAGAGGCCCUGGAGCCAGGCUCAGACACCACUGGGACCUCUAUGGACUCAGGGCCUAAGGCUGGGCUGGCUCCAAAAACCACAGAGACCCCGGCUGGGGCCCCAGAAACAGCCCAGGCCACAGACCUCACCUUAAGCCCAGGAGGGGAAUCAAAGGCCAACUGCAGCCCGGAAGAAGCAUGCCAAGAGCCAGCAUCCAAGCCAGAAGUGAGCGAAGAGGCCACUGCAGACCAGGGGGCCCAACUGGAGUCUGCAGCCCUGCCUGAACCAGCCUCAGAGCCUGCUCCCCUGCUAGACUCCCAGCCAGAGCCCCAGCCAGGUUCCCAGCCCAUUCCCAAGCCAGAUCCCCAGCCAGAGCCCCCUACCCAGGAGGACCCCACCCCUGAGGUCCUGACUGAGAGGGUAGGGGAAAAGCAAGAGAAUGGGGCCGUGGUCCCACUGCAGGCUGGUGAUGGCGAAGUGGUCCCAGGCCCCCAGCCUCACUCGCCACCCUCAACAAAAUCCCCCCCAGCCAAUGGGGCUCCCCCCCGAGUGCUGCAGCAGCUGGUUGAGGAGGAUCGACUAGGAAGGGCUCACAGUGGGCGUCCGGGAUCUCCCCGAGGUAGCCUGAGCCGCCACCCCAGCUCCCAGCUGGUGGGACCUGGGGUGGAGGAGGGUGAAGGCACCCAGAAACCUCGGGACUACAUCAUCCUUGCCAUCUUAUCCUGCUUCUGCCCCAUGUGGCCUGUCAACAUCGUGGCCUUCGCUUAUGCCGUCAUGGUGAGCCCCAUGGGACCCUGGCCCAGGCCUGCUGUGGCUCCUAGCUUCCCUCCAGCACUAGGACAGAGCCCUAGGAAUAAUCAUGCCUUCCAUCCCCUCUCUGCAUGGAUUCCACUUCCCCAAUUACAGGGCCUUUGCUGGCCUCUCCCUAGAACCUACCCUCUGAGCCACCACUGCCCUGGCCUUUGGGUGGGAGGGAUACGGAGACAACAGGUUUUGCACAGCCUUGCUGACCUGUGCCUUCCUCCCCCUGCCUCUCCAAUGCUCCUUCCUCCCUUAACCAUUGUCCAUGGGGCUGGCCUCUCACUUCUGGACGAAUCUUUCACCUGAUCCCUGCUGGGCUGGCUUCUCCUGACCCCGGCCAUGGUGCCUCCACCCCUCACCCUAACCCCAGUCACGGAACAGCCUGCAGCAGGGAGAUGUGGACGGGGCCCAGCGUCUGGGCCGCGUGGCCAAGCUCUUAAGCAUCGUGGCACUGGUGGGGGGGGUCCUCAUCAUCAUCGCCUCCUGCGUCAUCAACUUAGGCGGUGAGUGGGGUUUGGGGACAGGCAGGGGAGGAAUGGAAGGGUUGACAAGGCCAGCUUUACUAACCCCUGCCCCUGCUCUCUCCUGUCUGUCCUUACCUCUCCUUUGUCUCUCCUUGUCUCGCCCCACCCUCUCCCCUGUCUCUGUCUGCCCUUCCCUCUCCUCUCCCACAGUGUAUAAGUGAAGGGCUCUGCCCUGCAUUCCAAGACUUUCCUUCCUGUUGGGAGCUGCCUUGGGCCCAUCCCUCUCCUGGGGGGAGCCCAAUCGAUGGCUCUGGCCCCCACCCCUAGGGACCAAGGGAGCCUGAGCAGCCUUGUUUACAGCUUCUUUCCUGCUCCUGCAUCCUGCCAGGCUCCUCUGCCAACUGUAGGCCUCCCUUCUCCCUGCACUGUUUCCAACCUCCCUGCACUUCUGCCUGCAUCCCCUCUAGCCUCUUGGCCCCCCAUCCCUGCACUUCUGGAAACUUCCCUGCACUUCUGGAAAUCUCCCUGAACAUCUCCCAAACUCUCUCCGCUCUCAGCCUCCCUGCGUCUCUCCCAGCCUCUCCCUGCAUUCUUCCAGCCUCCUGAAUUCUCUGGAACGCAACCCUGGCCUCCUCCUCCCAACUUUCAUUGUCUUGGCAUCUUCCACAUUCCUUCCUUCAUUCCCUUUAUCAUCUCCCUCUUCCUUCUCCACAGGCCCCGCCCCCUUCAUCUCCCCUUAGCAUCCCCUUCUCCAGCCCUCCUGCCAUCAUUUAUUCUGCAAAAACUCCAGCACUUAGAUCAGGCUGGGGGAGGGGGAGUAGUCUCGGAGGGGCUUCCUAGCCCUGGGCUCCGACUGUUCUCUGCUGGGACCACCCAGGCCCAGAUGUCCCCGGGGUGCCUUGCAGGUUGCAGAGCUGGCAAGCCAGGCCUUGUCUGGGGACUUGUGCAAGGGUGGCCAGUACUGGUUCCUAACGCGCACAGGGGAGAAAGGAGGGGCGCUGCGGUUGACCCUUGCCUGGUCAGCCUGAGUUGACCCCCCGACCUGGGCUUUUUAACCCCCACCAGUGAGUUUCUUUCUCCAAGGUGUUGAGGCUAGGGUCAUUCAUGUGCUUUAUAAGGAAAGAAUCCCCAAAAAUAGGACCAAAGCUCCCACCUGCAGGGAGCGAAGGAGGGGCGGAGAGCUCUAUAAUUAUUUUCUAAGAUGACGAGGGAGGUUUGUUGCACGCGACAGCCCGCAGAGGAGGCGGGGACCCAGCUACAAGGAGGUUCCGAGUUGGCGGGUCGUUUUUUUUUUUUGUCUAAAAAAGAUCGGGGAAAAAAACUGAAAUUCUUUUUUAAAAGGAUAUAUCAAACUGAUUUCUCCCUUUUUGUAUGCCGGAUGCUGCAUGAGUCUGAAACACCAAUAAACGGAGACUGCAUGAGA